AACAUUAUCUAGUAUAGCAAAAUUGUGGGACCGAUAAAAAUUUGACGUUAUAUUAGGGUAUGUCGUUACAUCCAAUGACGUUAUAAUCGAGUUUAACUGUAUAUUGUUUGUGCAAAAUAAAAAAUAAUUUCGCAUGAUACAAUAGCCAUGAUUAUUUUUUUCAAAAACGGGAAAUUUUUCUUAUACAUUGACAAAAAUUCAACCCGGGCCAACAUGCAACGGAGAGAAAUUUUGAAAUUGAAUUGGUUAAUUACAUUGAAAAUGUAUCGUGGAAGACCUUGUGGUCAUUGCCGGCAAAGUUUGAACGAUUGCGCCCAAAAGUAGCGAUACAAAAAAAGAUUGGAGAAUGAGAACGAGACCUGCCUUGAGCAUCAAAGUGAUUUCACUUAGUAGUGAGUCUCUGAGACAUCGUCUUGUCCCAAAUACAGUUUUGCCAUUUUACCUGUUUAUUUUUAAUAUUUUAUGUAAUUGAAUUGUUAUUUUUUUUUUAAAGUAACAUUAAUUUUGUUUUAUAUUUUAUUUAGUGUUUUUGAAAAAUUUAAGUCUUUGGAUCCAGAAAUCAUCAGACAGAAUAAACAUGCCAGACUUCCCAUAGAAACAGUUAUGAAACUUUCAGAAUUAAAUGUCAAUCCAUUUAAAGACAGACUCUGUAAAGUGUUUUCUUCAGAAAAUGAUGACACAAUGAGUUUUGAAGAUUUUCUAGACAUGAUGUCAGUAUUAAGCAAUAGAGCUUGCAAAAGUAUUAAAACUGAAUAUGCAUUUAGAAUUUAUGAUUUUGAUGGAGAUGACAUGAUUAACAAGCAGGAUUUACGAGAAUUGAUAAGAAGACUAAUUUCAAAGGAAGAACGAGUGAUGCAAGAUAACGACAUGCAAGAAUUGAUUAAUCAUAUCUUGGCUGAAUGUGAUAUGGACGAAGAUAAUUGUUUGUCUUUCACAGAAUUUGAACAUGUUAUUUCAAAAUCUGGAGAUUUCAUGAACUAAAUAUGUUAGUGGGACAAAAUGAACUUCAAUUUUAGAAAACUUUUAAAAUUAAAGAUCUGUCUUAGAGAUGAACUUUCUUGAGAAUUCUCUCAACAAUAUUUGUGUAAACAUUAAAUGAAGUUAUUUAUAUUAGAAUUUCACUAAACUGUUGAUAAAUGGACAUAAAAAAACCAGUGAGAGAGUAUUAUAAUAAAAAUUUAUUUUAAAAAAUGACUUACUUCUACAGUCAAGAUUAAUUAGCUGCCAUGUAGAAUUUUGUUUUAUAUUCAUUGGUGUCCUGUUGUACUAUAUCCAAAUUUAAAGCAUUUCUUUAUUGUAAUUUAGAAUAUUACUAUUAAAACAUUAAAAAACUAGCUAAUAAAUAUAUUUUUCUUUAAAAUACUGUGUAUA